CACGGGCUGCAUCUAUUCUGUGUGGACCUACUACAGAGUGGGACACAUCUUUUUCUCUUCUGUUGUCGUGAAGCGGAACCGGAGCAGAGCUGGAGCCCGCGGUCCACUGCCCGCUGCCCGAGCAGCAGUUCCAGUGGAGCGGCUCGGAGAGGCAGCCUCCGCCUUGGACCGAUGAACUGGCUGAGAUGUCCCGGCACAUCUACACCCGACACGGGAUAGGAGAAGGGAUGCAGAAGCCCGUGUUUCAGGCUAACAGAGGGACGUACUCCAGACGCAGCCGGCUGAAAAGGUCCGACGGCAGCACCACCUCCACCAGCUUCAUCCUCAGACAGGGCUCAGCUGAUUCCUACACAAGCCGACCGUCUGACUCGGAUGUGUCCCUGGAGGAGGAGAAGGAGGGCGGCCGGCAGGAGAGGGAGCAGCAGGCCACUGUCCAGCUCGAGAGGGCAAAGUUUAAAGCAGUGGGCAUUUGCGUGGGCCCAAAAGGCAGCUACUGGGGUUGCUCUGGUGAGGAUUUUCCGGGGCCGGCAUUUGCCGUCCCUUUGAUGCCAAGGACUUCCUCCAUAUCAAAGAGAAGUAAAAACCCCAAUGACUGGUGGAUCGGCCGUCUGGUGAAAGAAGGCUGCGACAUUGGUUUCAUCCCGAGCCCUCUGAAGCUGGAAACACCCAAAUUUCCGCAGGAACAGAAGAGAGGCCCUUUCCAUAGCAGUAAGUCCAGUGGGAAUUCCUCCUCAAGUCUGGGGGAAAUGGUGUCGGGUACAUUCAAGCCAAACCCCAACUCUGCAGGAAAACAGAAACAGAAAGUGGCUGAGCACAUCCCUCCAUAUGACGUGGUUCCCUCCAUGAGGCCGGUUGUCCUGGUGGGACCGUCCCUGAAAGGUUACGAGGUGACAGAUAUGAUGCAGAAGGCUCUGUUUGACUUCCUGAAGCACAGGUUUGACGGGAGAAUAUCCAUCACAAGGGUAACCGCUGACAUAUCAUUGGCCAAGAGGUCAGUACUAAACAACCCCAGUAAGAGGGCCAUCAUUGAAAGAUCCAACACCCGCUCCAGCCUGGCGGAAGUUCAGAGUGAAAUAGAACGGAUCUUUGAGCUGGCCAGGUCUCUACAGCUGGUAGUGUUGGAUGCAGACACAAUUAACCAUCCAGCACAGCUCAUCAAGACCUCAUUAGCACCCAUUAUUGUUCACGUUAAAGUGUCCUCACCUAAGGUCCUCCAGCGGCUGAUCAAAUCAAGAGGGAAAUCUCAAAGCAAACACUUGAAUGUGCAGCUUGUUGCAGCGGAAAAACUAGCACAGUGUCCUUCUGAGAUGUUUGAUAUCAUUCUGGAUGAGAACCAGCUGGAAGAUGCGUGUGAACACCUGGCAGAGUACCUGGAGGCAUACUGGCGUGCUACACACACUUCUCUUAGCACGCCACUCAACCCCCUGCUGGGACGCAAUCUGGGUUCCACUGCUCUCUCCCCAUAUCCAGCUGCAAUUCAGGCCCAAAGAAACCGCAACAGCAACCACACAACAACAGACCUUUCACCUGUUGAACGUCGCAGCCUGAUGCCUGCCGAUGAGAACUACCAUAAUGAACGGGCACGGAAAAAUCGCAACCGUCUGUCCUCUGGGUCACAGCACAGCCGGGACCACUCACCACUGGUGGAAGAGGACUACCAGGACCCCUACCAGGCUUCAUACAAGCCUCAUCGUAACCGAGGAUCCCCAGGAGGCUACAGCCAGGACUCCAGGCACCGGCACUGAGCUGUGGCCUGCUGUGAAGAAAGUGUAGGCCUAUCUUUCUCUAACCACCUUGGACAUAAGAGUUGAGGCAGCUUUGCUGUAAGAUAAUGAAACUACUACACUCAUUUGGACUGUAACAACUUUGUGUCGAUGUGUAGAACCUCAUUUUCCCUUUGGCUGCUGCCAUAGGAGCAUUUGAAACAAAAAAAUUAAGAAUCCUGCUCUUGCUUUGAUGUGAACAAGGGAAGGGACGGGGAAUAAAAGUAGCACAAGAGCAGAAAAGUUAUGUUUCCAAGGGAAGGAUCAAGCUGGAUCUGAUCUGAACAUGCUGCAAAUGCGGCCUGUGAGUGAAGUACACUAGCAGGUGAUAGUGUGCGACUUAGGCUCUUCUGGAUCCUCCCCACCAUCUCAGCUGUUACUGUAGCAUGCAGCUAGGACUGUAAUUACUGGUUACUACCUGCCUCAAGCCAGUGCCCCACAGCACUAGAGGUGAUGAUUAGCACGCAUCCAGGAGCAGGUAGAAGAAGAGCAUAAUGCAUCUUUAAUGCUUCUUAAGUUUGUUUACCAUUGUCUGCGAUGUGAGUGUAAUAAAUCCAGUGGAAGCCAGAGUUUUACAUAUUUUGUUUUGAAGUGACAUGGAUGGUGUGGUGGUGUUCUUUUCAGGGUUCAUACAGUAGCUCUCUGUGCCCUAUUUUUGUUAUUUCUUAAUGUCAUAUUUAACAUUAACCAUAUCAAGACAGAAAUAUAAAAAGCAUGCAGAUACUAUUUCACUUCAAAGCUCCAAACCUCAGGAAUGAGAGGUCAUUCAGACCUAGAAGUGUGCUGACAGAUGUAGCGUUUAUUUCCCAUCUGAUGGGAAUUUGAUUCUGAGCGUUAUGUUGAGUUGUUAAGAGAUUCUAUGAUUUAGUUGUUUCAAAAAAGUUAUUAACAUAAGUAACUGACACUUUCAGGACUAGGAGUCACUAGCAUGGUCAAGCCAGCAUGUAUUUUCAUUUGCCAUGCGUUUAUCAGCUCACUCACAUACUUGCAGGACGUCAUUUGGAAUAGAUAGAAUAGCAUUUUAGUGAGUGAUUUAAAUGGAGGGCUUCCAUGUGUAACAGUAAAAAUAGUUGAAGGACAGAAGCAUUAAUUAAUUUCAAUCUAUUGAAAAUUCCACUUUCAUUAGAUUCAUUCCAUUUUAUUGAUUUCUUCUUUUAAAGCCUUGCAUAAACCUUUCAACAUCUGAUCAAAAAAUAUAUUUUGACAUAUUUCCUCCAUCUAACUUAAUUAUUAAAGGUUUUUUGAAAGAAAGUAACAAUGGUAUUAAAUAAUAUUUUAAUUAAGUAGCAAUUCAACAGGCCACCAUGUCCAUAUUUUCCAGCUAUAACCUUUUUCAAUGUAUUCAAUUUUAGUUUAAUUAAAGACUCCUAAUGAAUGAAAAUGAUCUGAAAGCACUUGGGCAAGACUGCGCUACAUUUGUUACAAUAUCUUUGACCAGCUGCCUUUUUUAUAAUCAAAUUAAAUCACUUAUGUGCUGCCAGAUAAUACACCUUUAAAUUACAUAUAUCUUUUCCGUCCUAUCUUGUAAUCUAAUAUUUGUUAAAAAUCUCCGUUCAUAGGCCAGAGACCCCAUUGUGCUUGAAUGAUUCUGGAAAAGGAAGAUUGACAAGGAGACUUCUGCUCGUAUCUGCCACAUACAGUGGCUUUUAUUGUUGUUGUUUCACAACUCUAAAGCAACAAUGUAAAGAGUGAGAGAAUGAUGCAUUGAUUAGAGAAUUGUGUGCACUGUCAUUUUACAAUUGUAAUGAAAUAAACUGCCCUUAUGUUGUUGUA